AAUUUGGUAGAGAGCUUCAUUCAUUCCUGGCUCUCUUUCUUACAAUUCAUUUCUCAGAAGCUUCCUCUCCUUCACCUUUUUUGUGAUCUUAUAUAUAUAUAUAUAUAUAUAUAUAUAUAUAUAUAUACAUAUAUAAUAUAUACUACCUAUUCACAUAUACCGUAUUACGUGUGUUCAUUUCACACUCAGUGUGUGUGUGUGUGUAUCUACGCAAUUCGGUUGAGUAAUUAUUCUGAGCUGAAAUCUAAAUUGAGAAUUUUUAAUUUUUUUUUUCUGAGAUAACAAUAUUCUCGAAAUUGCAAGAGGAAAUGGAAUCGGAUUCGUGGAAUCGAAUUUCUACUUAUUCGAGGCGCUAUCAAUCACGAUCAGAUGUAUAUAAUGGAGAGGAGUAUGAAGGUGAAGAGGAGCAAAAGUCGGAGUAUUUGUGCCCGUUUUGUGCUGAGGAUUUCGAUAUUGUUGGGCUCUGUUGCCAUAUCGAUGAAGAACAUGCCAUUGAAGCUAAGAAUGGGGUGUGCCCUGUUUGUGCGAAAAAAAUCGGAUCAGAUUUGGUUCGCCAUUUGACUGUUCAGCAUGGAAGUAUUCUUAAAGUUCAGCGGAGGAGAAGGUUACGUAGAGGGGCAAAUUUGUCAUUUUCGAAUUUAAGAAGAGAGUCGAGGGAAGGAAAUUAUCUGCAAGCCCUUCUCGGUGGAUCUUCACUUUCGGCUCCUUCUCACGCAGAACCUGAUCCAUUGUUAAACUCAUUCAUAUACAAUCCAUCUCUUGUUGAGGAAGCUUCCAAUGUUCAGCCUGUGUCUUCUUCAGUCAAGGCUCUCUCGAUUGUGGAAUCUUCCAUUGAGGAAACUUCGGAUAGGGUUGUUCAGAAAUCUCUAUUGUCUGAUGAAGACAAGAAAGAGAAGGUUCGAAGAUGCGAAUUUGUCCAGGGGCUUGUGUUUUCUACUUUUCUUGAUGAUAGCUUAUAAGCAAUGUGCUAUUUUGGAGGUUGUGUUAAUGGAGAGAGAGAGAGAGAGAGAGAGAGAGAGAGAGCAACGUAAGCAAGACAAUACUUCGAAGUUGUAUUAUGUUGUAACUCGGCUGAUGUCCGAUUCAUGUAAAAACAUAUUAUGUAUGUACUAUUGACCUAUGAAUGCAGUAUAUGCUUAUA